CGUCCUGCUUGUUGUUACAUCAUGAGCGACGCUGCGACCCACGCCGUGGCUGGAGCGGCCGGUGGAUGCGUGUCUCUAGCCAUCACCUAUCCCCUCGUCAACCUCUCCACACGCAAAGCGGUCAAGUCAGAGGAGGGCCAUGACACGAUCGUCGCCUCACUCAAGCGCAUCUACGCCCGUGAAGGCAUCGCAGGGCUGUACUCUGGUCUCGAAAGUAGUCUCCUCGGCAUGGCCUUGACCAAUGGGAUAUACUACGCGUCAUACGAACGCGUUCGGGCGAUCAUGCUGAAGCGAAAAGAAGGGGCAUUGACCACGGCACAGGGCAUCACGGCGGGAUUGAUUGCGGGCAUUACCACUUCCAUGAUCACCAAUCCUAUCUGGACGAUCCAAGUAGCUCAAUCGACCCGCGGAAAAGAAUCCAUCGCCGUCGCCGCUCAACGUAUCUACAACGAAGCAGGCGUCCUAGGCUUCUGGCGAGGGAUCGGACCGGCCCUCGUGCUGGUGCUCAACCCGGUGAUCCAGUACACUACGUUUGAACGACUCCUCGCCCUCAUCCUCACCCUCCGCAAGUCCCCUACGAGGAGCUCUCUGACCAGCUUGGAUCUAUUCAUCCUCGGCGCUGCCAGCAAGUUGAUCGCGACGGGUAGCACGUAUCCAAUCAUCGUGGUCAAAUCACGAUUGCAGGCUGCAACACACAAAUACAAGUCCUCCCUCCACGCCAUCCUUCACAUCCUACGCAAAGAGGGUUUACACGGUCUCUACGCUGGACUCGUUCCCAAGCUCGUCCAAUCUGUUCUCACCGCGGCGUUCAUGUUUGUUGCCCAGCGGCGCAUCUACGAGAUGUUACGGGCCAUCUGA